AUGAUAACAGUGUAUCCAGCAAUCGACUCAUAUAUUCUGGCUGAACUUUUCGAAUAUAAAUGUCGACGUCUGAUCAAACUCAUGCAGGAAACUUCCUUGAGUCGAGUGCAGGAUGUGAAAAUUGUGAAGCAGAAGUUUCACGAUAUUGUGAGAAAUCAUCAAGCAAUUUAUCAGUGUUUCGUAUUGAUAAGGGAUAUAUUAGGUGGUAUAACAGCUCCAGGUGUCACAGUUUUCAUCCCUCUCGCUGCAACUGUAUGUGUUGGUUUUGUGAGGGAUUUCAAUAUUGGAUAUUUGCUGGAGUUUUUGAUAGUUAUUCCUAUGUGCUAUUUACUCUUUCAAUCCAAUCAGAGAAUUACAGAUUUGGGAGAAAUUAUUCAAGAUGCAGCUUAUGAUAUGGACUGGUAUGAAAUGGAUAAAGAAAUGAAUAAAGAAUAUAUUAUAUUUCUUAUGAAACUGCAGAGACCUCUGGAGAUCAAGACAAUUUUGUUCGUCAUGCAUAAAUCAUUAUUUCUUUUGAUGCUGCGAAACGUGUACUCUUUCUUCACGGUGUUGAUUCAAAUGAAUUGA